AUGGGGUCUAUGCGACCAACAGGACGGUUCUUGUCAUUUGCUAAUAACAUUCAAAGAACACAGAAGCAAACAGUUCCAAGUGGAUUCCCUCAAAGUUUAUCUGGCAGUGAGACAGAUGUAUCAACAUCAAAUGAAAAUUUGUCUAGAGAGGAAAGAUAUGUGGUUCGACAUACUGCAAGAGUGGAACCACAGGGCCAAGAGAAUCAAAGCCAGUCUAACAACAACAAUAGGAAUUCCCUAAAGGAUAAUGUUUCAAACAGCAAUCGAAAUUCUCUCAAAGAUUCUGUGGGCGGUGGUAACAGUAAUAGAAGUUCCUUGGAUGUAUCUUCUUCAUCAUAUAAUACCCUUAUUAUCCACAAUCAGGAUGACUCCUGGUCAUCCCGACCGACGCCUAUUCGAGAACACGAACGAACAAAUAGUGAAGUGAAGCACCCAAAUACUCAGUCAUCUCCAUAUCACACAUUAAAAAAGAGUGAAGUUGGGAAAAAACCCAGUGGCAUUCCACUGCCAAAAAUUCAUAAAGAACAAACUGUCACAGCUAGUGCUAAUUAUAUUGAUAUUGGAGGACAGAGGAUAUAUACUAGUCCUCCAGACCACGGUGUUCAGGAAAUAACUGAAAUACCAGAUGACUUCCUCAAUCAAUCAUCAGUACUGAAGCACCUAGCGAAAGAAGUAGCGCAGUCUCCAACGCCGCGAGGCCCGACGCCUCCUGCCUCCCCGCACUCCCCCCACUCCCCACACUCCCCACACUCCCCCCACUCCCCACACUCCCCGCAUAACACCAGGGCUCCAUCAAAGCCUAGAGAUGAGAGGAAAGGCAAGGGCUCCAAAGCAAAAUUGAGCAAAGAAAAACUUAAUUUGUCUAGAUCUCAGCCUGAUUUGACAAGUGUGGGAGUGCGCGCGGUGCCCGGCGGGUCGGAGUCGAGCGGCUGGUGCAGCGGCGGCGAGGGCUCGCUGGAGGAGCCCGACGACGCCUUCGCCGCCGUGCUCGACGCGCUCGCCGCAGAGAACCACCAGCUCAAGCGGCAGCUGGCCGACGCGUGCGAGCGUGUCGCUAAAACUAAUAAGUUGGAGGAAGAAGUGGAGAAGGUCCGUACGGCACACGAAGACUUGGUGGGAUCAUGUGAACGACGUGAGAGACUCGAACGAGCCGCACGAGUUCGCUUGCAAGCGGACUGCAGGCGGCUGCACGAACUUAACCGUGCGCUGAAACAACAGGUGGAGCUGUUGUCGCAGGGCGUGCGCGCGGAGGGCGACGGUAGCGACGCGUUGCGCAAGGAACUGCAGAACAGGGAGAUGCUCAUCGCGCAGCUCAUCACACAGAACAAGGAGCUGGCGUGCGCCAAGGAGCGGCAGGAGAUAGAGAUGGCGGCGCAGCGCGCCACGCUGCAGGAGCAGCGCACGCACAUCGACAUCCUCGACACGGCGCUCACCAACGCGCAGGCCAACGUCGUGCGCCUCGAGGACGAGUGCCGGCACGCGAGCGGGUACGUGGAGCGCGUGCUGGGCCUGCAGCGCGCGCUUGCGUCGCUGCAGCAAGCGUCCGACCGCCGCGAGCACACCGAGCGCAAGCUGCGCGCGCAGCUCGAGACCGAGCUGCAGGCGCUCAGGAAGCGCGAGUGCUCGUGCGGGGGCGCGGGCGGGGGCGCGGGCGGCGCGGGCGCGGGCGGCGAGGCGGAGCUGCGGCGCGCGCUGCGCGAGCGCGACGAGCGCCUGCUCGCGCUCGAGGGCGAGUGCGCCAAGUGGGAGCAGCGCUACCUGGAGGAGGCCGCGCUGCGCCAGGCCGCCGUCUCCGCCGCCUCCAUACCCAAGGAUGCCAAAAUCGCGGCACUUGAGAAGACAUCGGCAGAAUCUGAGCGACUGAUGGCGGAGGCUCGCAGUGAGAAGAUCAGACACAUGGACGAGCUGCACCUGGCGCAGAAAAAAGUUGCAGACCUUGAGAGCAGGGUCAAGGAGCUGGAGUCGAAGGUGGCCGAGCGCGAUGCAAUGAUCAAAGUGCUGCAGAAACACACGAGUGCUGCUUCUCUAAGGAAUAAUUCUAGUCGCGAGGAACUUGUGGGUCUGUCGUCGGGCGCGUCGUUCUCGAGCGCAGAGGGCGCGGGCGGGUCGGUGGCGGGCCGCUACCGGCACCUCGCGCGUCGCAACUACUCCCCGCACAACGACAACGCGAGCGGAUGCGGUUUCGAUAGUUCGUCACUGCGGCUAGAAGAGCAGCUUGCAGCGCUGGAGUCGCGCCUGGACCGGCCGCCCGUGCCCGCCCGUGGUCUAUGCUGCUUCCCCGGUCUGACAACGGUGGGAGGGCGCGGCGGGCGCGGGGAGGAGGCUCUCCUCCUAGAGCGGCAAGGGCGCGCGUCCCAACAAACGCGCUCGUCCAGCUUGCCGCCGCCGCCCUCCGCCCUCCCGCGCCCUCCGAGGAAACCCUCCGCCAGAACCACGCGAUAUGAUAGGCUCGAACAUCGAGAUGCGAGAAAGGAUUCAGACGGAUCAGGAUCUAUCGCGUCUACCGCGUCCCGUAGUUCCCCACUCCCCUACGACACGGUGCGCAAGCUUCCAUCAGUGCCGACUUCAGCAUCUCUCCCUGCUGCCGAGUCGAGGGAGUCUCUCGUAAGACCGCGUGACUCCAGCCUUCCAUCUCCUUCCAAACUAGCCGUGUACGCCGCCGCCCGUCGCCGCUCUGCAGAAUCCGCCAAAGACAAUAAUAAACGAACACAUCACUAUCGAAUUCAAUUU